AUGACUGUUGAUUCAAAGUGGUACAAGGCUGAAGAAGUCUCAGCUCCUAAGAAGGCUAGAAAGGCUGCCCGCCCACAACAAUUGAGGAAAUCGAUCGUUCCAGGUACCGUUUUGAUUCUCCUUGCCGGCCGUUUCAGAGGAAAGAGAGUUGUUUACUUGAAGGGUUUAGAAGACAACACCUUGUUGGUCACCGGUCCAUUCAAGAUCAACGGUGUUCCAUUGAGAAGAGUCAACGCCAGAUACGCCAUCGCCACCUCCACCAAGGUUGACGUUGCUUCCUUGGAGCUGUCCAAGUUUGACGUUGCCUACUUUGCCAGAGAGAAGGCUGCCAAGUCGGCCAAGUCUGAGGCCAAGUUCUUCGAAGAAGGUGCCAAGAAGGAGAUCAAGUCCGAGAGAGUGGAAGACCAAAAGAUUGUCGACAAAGCCCUGAUUGGUGAGAUCAAGAAGACCCCAUUGUUGAAGCAAUACUUGGCCUCUUCUUUCUCCUUGAAGAAGGGUGACAAGCCACACUCUAUGGUUUUCUAA